AUGAAAAACUUAACACUUAUCGCCAACGACACAAAGAGAUUCCUACGAGAACACCCAGAAAUAAUCAUCACCAGAGCUGACAAGGGUCACACAACAAUCGCAAUAGAUAGACAUAUACAUAGAGAAAAAUGGAGACCUUACUUAAUGAUAAGAACACUUAUAUCACAAUUAAGAAAGAUCCCACAAAAAAAAUUAAUUAGCAGUCUACACAAGAUAUUAAUGGAUUGGAAGAAAUCAAAUUACAUAGAUAAUUCCAUCUACAGGAGACUUAAUUGUACGGAUGGCACACUACCAAGAGCCUAUGGGCUUCCCAAGAUCCACAAACCGGAAUGCCCACUCCGUAUAAUUGUUUCUUCAGUGGAUAGCCCACUUUAUUCCUUUUCCUUUUUUUUACACAACAUCAUUAAAUCUUCCACCAUUCCGAAACCACAGAGCCACAUUCUUAAUAGCUAUGAUUUAGUCAACAAACUCAAUGGGCGUCACAUCCAAGAAACACAUGAUUUGAUCUCAUUGGAUGUUGUUUCCCUUUUUACUAAUAUACCAUUAGACUUAGCAGAAGACAGUAUCACUACUAGAUGGACAUACAUAAGCGAAAAGUGUGCCAUACCCCAAGAAGAAUUUUUGAAAGCAAUUCGAUUUGUACUAAAAUCCACCUAUUUUUCUUUCAAUGGCAAGAUCUAUCAGCAGACCUUCGGCACACCCAUGGGUUCCCCGUUGUCACCAAUUAUCGCAGAUAUCACAAUGCAGGACCUGGAGAACAGGGCCAUUGAGUUGCUUAAUUUUAGGCCUCCCUUUUAUUUUAGAUACGUAGACGACAUUGCUCUAGCCGUUCCCUCGCAUAUGAAAGAUUCAGCUCUACAGAUUUUCAACUCGUUCCAUCCGAGAUUACAAUUCACCAUUGAAGAGGGAACAAACAGAAAAUUGAAUUUUUUAGACACAACAAUAAUUAUUAGAGACGACCAUAUAGAAUUUGACUGGUACCAGAAACCGACGUUCUCCGGAAGAUAUUUGAAUUUCGAGUCCUGUCACACCCUCUCCGUCACAAAAAAGGUACAAUCAUUUGAUUGGUCGAUCACGCUUUAUUACUUUCCCAUCCAAGAUACCACCGGAAAAAUUUGGAGCUCGUCAUCAACAUCCUAUUACAGAAUAGUUACCCACUUCCUCUAA